GUAUUGAAAAUCCGAAUUUUGUUGUUGAUGGUGAGUGACGAAGAUUUCCAGAUUGGUUUCAGGUUGAUGAAUGUGUUUCUCGCCUUCCCGAUUCUCGAUUUGACAUCCUCGUCCGUUCCUCCUGUGGUUGAGACAAUGCUCCCCAGAUAAGUGAAAGAAGUAACCUCUUUCAAAUCCCUCCCGUUGAUGGUGAUUGGCACUGGAUGUUGCUGCUGUUGUUGGUUGGUUAUUUUCAUAACCUCCGUCUUGUCUAUGUUCACCUGGAGUCCUGUCUUUGCUGCUUCUUCGACCAGUUUGUCGGUUUUUGCUUGUAAGUCUUCGAUUUUGUGUGACAUCAAACAUAAAUCAUCUGCGAAAUCCAGGUCUUCUAGGUUCUUCACGUCGGUCCAGGAUAUCCCUGUCUUCUCGUUUCCCACUGUCUGACGCAUAAUCCAGUCCACCACAAUUAGGAAU